AUGUCAAUAAAAAUAGUGAAUAUUGAUCAAAACCGCACCAAUAAAUUGCGUAGAAGCGAUGAAAACAAGGAUCGAAUUAUACCACCUAAAGUAGGAUAUGAAUAUGGAAUUGAAACAAUUAAUGAUCGGCAGCAAUUAGAAC